AUGUCCACCACGGCCAGCCUUCAAGCUAGUAUUCCUAGCUCUGGUUUCACCAUAUACAAUAGCGAUUACGACGCAUUUGACGCUCUUUUGCAUAAUAUCUAUGAGAACACACUUCCUAAUAAUUGCAACUUCCGUGUCUUCCCCUACGAGAAUGCUGCUCUCGUCCCCUUUGAGCAAAGUGUGCGGAAACUGAAUCCUGCGGUGGCCGUGAAAAUCAAGACUGCAAGUGUUCAUGUCGUGAUAUCGUCUACACCUCUUAACGACACUGCGAUUCAAAUUGAUCACGGUACCCGUAUCCAAAUUCUCGAAAGUAUGGAUAUGCUUCCUAUGGCCGAGAAGGAUCAAUGCGGAGCAUUCAUCCGUAACGAUGACUCUGUAGUCCUCUGGGCCUAUGCGGUGGACUCCAUUGUCCCUUUGUGCAAGGAAUUCGAGGAGAAACUGAUUAAAUACAUUUGGAGAACAAGAGGCUCACCGAAGAGGGACACUAAUACUCCUCCCUUGCUCGAAUCGCACAGUGAAAACCAGUCGAUGUCAUCGUCGGCCAAUCUUCGACCAAUAGCAUCGUCAGUUGUGGAAGAGACCGUGUCCGAGAAGGAAACAUCCCCUCAACCGCCACCACCGCGGAAGAAGAGUAGAUGCGGUGACAUCGAGAAAGCGGGUGGCAGGCGUCGUGAACACAAGCGGAAGAAUGUUCUUCUCGGUCCAUUUUACGCAGGUUGUGGUGCUGCCAUGGCUCUUUAUUUCGUGGGUGCUGGUAUCUCCAUUCUCCUGGAAGAAUAUGCUCUAGAUGGUGAUAUGACUCGGUUCGCUCUUGCUAUUACUUUGCCUGUUAUCUUCUGUGUAUCUUUGUUCUUCUGUCUUCAACUUAUCGGAAACGUCAGUCUUAUCAUCGGUCCUGUAGCCCAGUAUCAUGAAAAUUCUGCCUUUUACUCUGCUGUUCGUCCUGAGCCUAAUCCCGAGAUCGACAACAACUUGCCGCACAUAACGAUUCAAUGUCCAGUUUAUAAAGAAAGUUUGGAAUUGACGAUCGCCCCAUCUGUAUUUUCUAUCAAGAAGGCGAUGCAAACGUACGCAAGACAGGGUGGCACUUCCGCGAUUUUCAUCUGCGACGAUGGUCUUCAGCUCAUCCCUGAAAAGGACCGUCAAGAGCGAAUCGACUUCUAUGCGAACCACAAUAUCGGAUGGGUUGCAAGACCUCCUCAUAGCUCCAAAGAAGGCGGGUUCAAGAGGGCUGGAAAGUUCAAGAAAGCCAGCAAUAUGAACUAUGGCCUUGCGCUUUCGAUCAAGCUGGAAAAGCACCUAGCCGAUCUUAUCGCCCAAGGAGAGGACCAGAAUGACCAGCCGUGGAUGUCGCUCGAAGAUCGGGCGAUGAAUAUGGCUAUCGAGGAGAUGUAUGAGGAGAGUGGUAGGAAGUGGAAGCCUUGGGCGAGCAACGGACAGAGCUUGAGGGUCGGCGAGAUCAUAUUGAUUAUCGAUGCGGAUACUGUGGUCCCCGAAGAUUGCUUUAGAGAUGCUGCUCGUGAAAUGGGGGAGAGUGAGGAUGUCGCUAUCAUCCAACAUGAAUCAGACGUUAUGCAAGUGGCGCAUCACUAUUUCGAAAACGGGAUCACGCACUUCACGAGACGGAUCAACAAGUGUAUCUCCUACGGGUGCGCCAAUGGCGAAGUGGCUCCGUUCGUGGGACAUAACGCGUUCUUGCGGUGGUCGGCGGUUCAAGAUGCUUCGUUUGUUGACGCGGCAGAUGGGAAGCGCAAGCAAUGGUCGGAAGCAAACGUUUCGGAGGACUUCGACUUAGCAUUGAGGCUGUUGCUUCGGGGGUAUACACUGCGUUGGGCCACGUAUUCCAAUGGUGGGUUCAAAGAAGGUGUCAGUUUGACAGUCGUGGACGAGUUGGCUCGUUGGCAGAAAUAUGCAUAUGGAUGCGACGAGAUUAUAUUCAAUCCUAUAGUGAGAUGGUGGCGGCAAGGUCCUAUCAGCGCUCAGCUGAGAGGGUUCAUGUGCUCCAAGGCCCCGAUACAUUACAAAAUCGGAAUGUCCUCGUACAUGUUUUCGUACUAUGGGAUUGCAGCAGCCACGGUCGGGUCUAUCGUCAACUAUCUCCUCCUAGGCCUGGCACCUGAGCUGGACAAGUUCUAUUUGCACAGCUUCGAGAUCCUACUCGCCUGUGUGGUCGUGUUUCCUGCCCUGGGCAACGUGGGCUUCACACUUCUGGAGUAUCGACUUGGGCACCGACAGCUGUUCGCUGCCUUGAUCGAGAACUUGAGAUGGGUACCCUUCUUCUUAUUCUUUUUUGGCGGCUUGAGCAUUCACCUGUCGACCGCUCUCCUCGCACAUAUGUUCUCGUAUGACAUGACAUGGGGCUCUACCGGUAAAGAGGUGGAGAAAUCGACGUUCUGGAUUGAAGUGCCUCGCAUCCUGAAAGGCUUCCGGCUGUCGUUUGUCAUUUGCUUCGCCCUCAUCAUAAUGAUGAUCGUGUUUGCAAGCAAUGCUGUUCCUUACGAAUGGCAGAUCUGGGGGUACCAGUUUGCGUUAAUUAUCCCACUGUCGCUUGUCGUGGGAUGUCAUAUUCUGUUACCGAUUGUAUUAAACCCGUGGUUGAUGAAGUUUUCGUACUAA